AUGACUUGGAUUUUUCUCAACAUCUCUGACCAUUCCCUCCAGCCACAGCUAAAAGGGAAAGCAAGUGAAAGAAGAGGAGAGGCAAAAUUAAGACCUCCCAAAACUGGUCAUGUCAGCAGAGGUGAGGACAGUGCUGGAGAAGAAUGUGGUGGUAGUUGUGGAACACCACUCUACAGGCUUUUACAAGUACCUCAGGUGCUUGUUGAAAGAGUAUUUCGUAUUGGAUCUGCAGCUACAGACGAGGCACUUGAGGAAGAACUUCUGAAAUUUCUUGCCCCUGUUAUUUUGAAGUUAGCUUCACCUCAUGAACCUGUGCGGAAAAAGGUGAUGGAAUUAUUGAUUCAUGUCAAUCGAAGAGUCAAGGACCAUGAGAGUAUUCAGCUCCCUGUAGAGGCUUUGUUAGCUCAGUAUCAGAACCCAAGUGCUACUGCUUUUGUAACAAAUUUCUCCAUUAUCUACAUCAGAAUGGGAUAUCCACGCCUGGACCUCAACAAGCAAAUUGAACUUUUACCAUCAAUGCUUAACAGUAUGGAGGGAAAACCGUCUCAACACCAAGACAGUUUGUUAUAUCUUAUGAUGCCAGUUUUUGGUCUCAUGAAGAUUCCAGAAAGUGCUGAGAAGAGAGCUUCAUUGUUUGGUCUCCGUGAACGUCCUGGGAUUACAAAAUUGCUCUUAGAUUUUAUGCUGGAUGUUUUAUUGCUACCUUAUGGAGCCAUGCCAUUGUCAAACCAAAGACCAGUUGAAGCCUCUGAAGAUAAUGCAGAAGGCCCUCCUGUUCCCGGUGUUCCAGCAGGAAUGAAUAUUAGUGGGUUUAAGAGAGUGAUGGGUGACAAUCCACCCAAACCUGAAGAGUUGGAAAAACUUAAAGUUUCCAUAAUUAAAUUUUUGAGUGCUGAUGUACUACUUCCAUCAUCCGUAGUUCUUCAUUUGAUUGUUGGGGCAGCAGACACUAGGUUUUCUGUUGCUAAUGCAGCCGAUUUACAUCUAAGGAGAAUGGAGAGUGUGAUUGAGUGGAAUACAAGUUCUGUUAUUGCACCUAUAUAUGUUCUUUUCCUUGGAACAUUGAUGCCUAAAGAUCGAACACCAGCUGACAAAUUCAAGAACCCUGCUAAUACCCGUAUUCGCUUAAAGCUAAUGCCUUUUUUGCUUAAAUCUAAAGAGGCCUGCAAUUAUGCACCAUUGGCAUUGAAAGUUUUCUUUGAAUGCCUUUGGGGUCAGAAUUCAAAUGCCAAACUGAAACAACAGGGUGUUUCUUUCUUGCAUCAUAUAGCAUUUAAUGCUGACAAGGAUAAACUGGCACCAGUUGGAAGCGUUUUGUUUGGUGGAGUGGUGAAGGUCAUUGAAGAGGAAAAGUCUGACCCAAAACUUCGAUCCUUAGCAUAUGGAGCACUUGCUAAGUUAUCUGUAAAACUUCCAAAUCUUUUGCUUUCUCAUCCUUCACAACUGCAUUAUCUUCAGACACUUAUGAAUGCUUUGACGCAAGAGGAAGGAGAUGUCUUAUUGGCAGUACAGGAAGCACUUUCCAUGGUAGCUCCUGUUUGCAAGGCAUUAGAAGAGUCAAGUCAAGAUCAGCUAUGUAUCUUGUUGUCAGAUCACAUCCUUCAUCACAAUCCUCAACUAAGACGUACUGCUGUCCACUAUGCUGCGUCUGUAUUCCCUCCAGAUCAUGUUCCAUCUCGUUUCAUCCUUAUGGUGGCAACAGGUGACAACCAAGACGAUAUCCGACUUGAAUCACGCCGGCAGUUGUAUAAAGCAGCAAAAGAAGCCAAAGAUGGUAGUAAAAUAUUCCAAACUCCACCAUUCUCAGCAGUGGUAGAAUAUGUUUUAAAGAGGGUUGACUCUCUGCCAAGAAGUAAAUGGCAUGAUGUGGCAAAUCAACCAAUACCAUUUCCACUUGCUGUCAUGGAACAGAUGCUGAAAUACUUAGAGCACUGUUUAGCAGUUGAAGCUGGAAUUUUGUCAAUAUCAGAAGAGGGCCUAUUAUGGUCCAAUCCACCAGUUAUUGGCCAGCUUGUGCACAAAAUACUAGAUGAACACAAUUAUAAGGUAGCAUCUGGUGUGAAAGAAAAAGGCCCCAAUCCAUUCAUGAAGUACGUUGGUUUUGCUGAGUUAGCUGCCAAUGCUUGGUCUGCUGUUGCGUUGGAGUCUAUUCUGAGAAUUGUAGCUGUUGCUCCAGAAAUAUUUAUCAAACAUUACUCCCUCAAGGUGGACUGGAUCAGGAAAUUUGUCCUGCGUGGUGGGUAUUAUGGUGAAGUUGCAGCACAUCUCUUUGGUGUCGUUGCUGGCCAAAUUCAGAAUCAAGAUGAGUUCGAGAAAAUUAUCUAUUCUGUUGUCAACAUGAAAACACUUCGUCUGGAUAGUCAAGAAAGCUGCGUUUUAGCUGUAGGACAUAGUUAUUCCUUUUAUAUCAACAAACUAAAGAAGAAUGAUAUUAUUUUAGAAGACUGGCCAUCUUUUGAGACAGUAGUGAAAGAUCUUGUUACUCAACUUCUUGCUGAGAAUUGCCCACUGCAGAAUUCUAUUGUCAUAGCACUAGGCGAAAUAGCCCGGCAAAGUCCUUUACCUCUGCCAGCUGAUAAUGAAGAACAGGAUACGCAGAAAGCAACAUUGCUUUCACUUAUUAAUGCACUUGUCAAGAUAUUUGUAAAUAAGAAGAUUCCAUCAAAGAUUCGAGAGCAAGCUAUAUCUACUACAGGUUUCUUGUGUGUUGGACAGGAAAAGUUUUUGCAUAGACAAAAAAUUAUUGAUUCAUUCUUAACACUUGCAAAAGAGACAAAUGAAAUUGAAGUUCAUUUUGCUGUUGGUGAGUCCUUAGCUGACUGUGCAUUAGGUAGUGAGUCACCUUCAGGAAGGAACCUGUGGAUUGACAAGGAUCCUUUUAAAGAUACUAAGAAUGAAGAAGAGGUAAUGGAACAGGAGGACAGGGAAGAGAGAGAAAAAGAUGUUGAUGAAGCAAUGGAGAAGGAUUAUCUUAAGGAUGAAAAAAAUACUGCUGUGUGUGAAGCCAUGGAUACCAGUGAGGAUAUUUACGGACAAGAACUUAAUGAGGCAGGGGAGAAAGAUAUUCUUGCUUGGUUACUAGAAGAACUUCUCACUAAAUAUGUUACUCAGACACAACCGAGUGUUCGCCAGGCUUCGUGUAUAUGGCUAUUGGCAUUGCUGAAGAGAUGUCGAAAUAAAGGUGUCAUACAGAAACGACUUCCAAGGAUCCAGUAUGCAUUUAUGAAUCUCUUGGGUGACAGUAAUGAUUUAGUUCAAGAUGCAGCUUCCAAAGGUCUUGGUGUGGUGUAUGAAUGCUGCUCAGAAGCUACUAGGCAGUCUAUGGUUGAAGGCCUUGUACAGACACUAACUGAGGGAAAACGAACGAUCCAGAAUGUUACCCAAGAUACAAAGAUCUUUCAUGAGGGAGAGUUAGGCAAAGCUCCAUCAGGAGGUCAGCUGUCAACUUAUCGUGAAUUAUGCUCACUGGCAACAGACCUUAAUCAGCCAGAUUUAAUCUACAAGUUUAUGAAUCUAGCCAAUCAUAAUUCUGUUUGGAAUUCCAAAAAGGGAGCAGCAUUUGGUUUUAGUACACUGGCCUCACAAGCGGGAAUGCAACUUGAACCAUAUUUGCCACAAAUUAUACCAAAAUUAUACAGAUACCAGUAUGACCCAACACCAAAGAUUCAGCAACCCAUGACUUCCAUAUGGAAUGCUCUAGUCACAGAUACAGCAAAAACUAUUGAAAAGUAUUAUGAACCCAUACUCUGUGAUCUCAUCAACAACCUGACUCAUAGUACAUGGAGAGUACGAGAAUCUGCUUGCCUGGCCCUGACUGAUUUACUUAGAAGACAGUCAGCAAUAAAUGCCUUAUCUCAUAUAAAUGAGAUCUGGACUGUUCUCUUCCGAGUGCGUGAUGAUAUUAAAGAAUCUGUAAGACUGGCAUCAGAGAAGACAUUGCAGGCAUUAAGUAAAAGCUGUAUCAAGGUGUGUGAAGGAACUGGUGAGGAAAGUCAGAAAAUGUUACAGGAAGUUUUACCCAUCUUACUCACAUCUGGUAUCACAAGUACAGUCUCAGAGGUCAGAAGUAUUAGCUUGCAAACUGUAUCAAAAUUAUGUCGAUCAGGGGGAUCAUUAGUGAAACCUCAUUUGGGAACUUUAAUUCCUGCAUUAUUAGAGGCAUUAUCGGGCCUUGAAUCGCAAGCCCUAAGUUAUACUUCAGUAAGGUUAAAUGAGGAGGACAGAGAAAAGUUAGAUGUAGCUAGAAUAGCUGCAGCACGAGGUACACCAAUGAUGGACACUCUUAACUAUGUUUUGCAGUUUGUAGAUGAAGAAGCAAUGGAAAAGCUAGUAGGAGGUCUGGUUGAUGUACUCAAAAACUCUGUUGGACUUGCAAGUCGUGCUGGAGCAGCCCAUGUUGUGGAAACUUUAACUCACACUUGUCCAGGACCACUAGAAAAGUAUACUGGAAAACUUUUGGCAGCACUUGUAAAUGGUCUAAGUGACAGAAAUCCAGUGGUCAGAAAAGUUUAUGCUAAUGCAAUCGGAAACCUUGUUAAAACUGCAAAACCAUCCAGUGUUGAAAGAUUGCUUGCCAAAUUACAGUCUUGGUACCUAGAGAAGGAAGAAGAUAGUAUCCGAUUAAGUGGGGCCUUAACAAUGAGAAGUAUGCAUGCUCAGAAUAAUGAUGUAAUGAAACAGCAUGCAUGUGAAGCAAUGCCACUUGCAUUUUUAGCCAUGCAUGCUGAAAAAACUCCAGAUAAUGACCCCAGUGGUGCUGAAAUCUGGGAAGAGAUUUGGUCAGAUAACACUCCUGGAACUGAAUCUGGUGUGAGAUUAUAUCUUAAUGAGAUCAUAGCCAUUUGUGAAUUAGCAUUGCAAAGCUCUAAUUGGGCAAUGAAAGCCCAAGCAGGUAGAGCUCUUUCCACAGUUUCAAAGAAGCUUGGUCCAAGUAUGAAUGAUGGUUUUGUCUCAUCCCUGGUUAUACUUUUAACCUCUAGUUUGCAUGGGAGAACAUGGACUGGUAAAGAAGCUUUAGUGACAGCUUUAUCAAAUGUUGCUGUACAUACCAAGUCCAUCUUGAGUAGUCUCAAGCAUCCAGAUAUAGAUGGACUUUUAAUAGAAGAUGUAGUAAAAGUAUUAACAAGAGAAGCCAGCAAGGAAAAAAUGGAAUACAAAAUACAUGCCAUAAAAGCACUUACUGUUGUAUUGGAUACAUACGACAUUGACAGAUUUGAGCAAGUAUUUGAAAUAUGUCUUCCAUAUUUGAAAAAUGAUAAAGAAGAUCAGAAGGAUGAAGACGAGGAGGAGCGGAACAAAACGGAAGAAUCUCUCAUGUGGGAUCUCAUUGAUGAAAUGGUUCAUUCCCUUGGUCGUGCUUGGCCGAAUGCCAAAGAAACUCAAGAGAAAUAUAGUGAACGUGUGGUACAAAUGUUAAACAACAGUGUAUCCCGUGUUCCUCGAAAAACUCAGCUUAGCAUAGUUGAAGCAUUAAAGCAUUUUUGGAGUAGACACUUCUGUUAAUGGAACUUCCUGCCUCCUUGUAAUGCACUUUUUGACCCACUCUUGCAUCAUUCCUGCCGGAUAUUUAAUUACUGCUUAGGAGUUGCCAAAUUUUACAGUUUAAGAAGGGAAAGCCUUGUUGUGCUGAAUGAAUUUCUAGAAAAAAUAAAAGGUUAUUUGAAUCAUAAGAAACCCAUCAGGCAUAGUUAG